AUGUCGGACAGCGACGACGACGCCGUGACGGUUGUCCAGAAGCGGCCAGCAGACGCACACCACCAAGUCAACGACCAAGAGGCUGCGCAGACGCGCUCUGGCAAAGAAACCGACGACGACGAGCAACAAGAAGAAGAAGACGGGGAGACUGUGGGGCGUGGGGGUCGAAUCGACGCUUUUUUUCAGCGCAGUAGCCCUCGCACGCGCCGCUCGGCGUCCCAAUUGACCGACGAAGCCCUUGAGAAGCCGUUGAAGCGCAAGGCCACGCAGUCGGAGCGCAGCAAGCGCUGGAACCGGCGACGGAAGAUCGCUCAAGUGAUGGACGAAGCGGAUCUGGACGCGAGUACGCGUAAGGCCCGUGAAGCAGAGGCGAAGCGAGCCGAGAAGAUUGAAGCGAUACUGGGGGGGUUCUCCACCUUGUCGGAGGAUCAAUUGGCGGUGGCGUCGGAUAAGAAGAAGGGGGAAAAGGGAGAAGAUAAAGAAGAAGAUGAGGGAGCAGAAGAAGGAGAGGCGGAGAAGAAACAGUUGUGUCUGAAUCAAGCCACUGGCGAGGGGGCAGUACCCACAGGUGCAGAAGGGACGGAAGACGCGCCUGUGUUUGUCUACACGGACUUGGUGAAGAAGCUCAAGCCGCACCAGGUUAUUGGCGCGAGGUUCCUCUGGAGUCAUGUGGCGGUCGAACCUGAAGGGUUUGGCUGUGUCUUGGCGGACUUUAUGGGUCUUGGGAAGACGUUGCAGGUCAUUACGACAGCUCAGGCGUUUCUGUCGAAGCAGACGCUUGAUACAGAUGGAAAGUUGAAGCAGCGUCAUAAACAUGUGCUGAUUCUUGCUCCGACGAUUUGUGUGAGGAAUUGGGAAGCCGAGAUUGUCAAGUGGCUGGGCAAGAACGAGACGAGACGUCUGGGACUGUUUACGCUCGAGUCGGGUCGAGAAAAGAAAAUGUGUGAUCGUGUUGCUGUUGUGAAGAAAUGGCACAAACGCGGCGGAAUUUUGAUCAUGGGAUACGAGCUGUACCGUCUGUUAGUAUUGCAGUCGAGCGGUGACGAGAAGAUUGCAGCGGGGAAUCAAAAGUACGCGCAUUUGAUCAAACAGGUGUACGCGUGCUUGGGCAAUCCGGGACCCGAUCUGAUUGUGCUGGAUGAAGGUCAUCGUGUACGCAAUCAUAGGUCCAAGAUGGUAAAGGCGCUCGCUCACGUCAAAACUACUCGACGUAUCAUCUUGACGGGAUACCCAUUACAAAAUCACUUGGAGGAAUAUUGGACAAUGGUCAACUUCGCUCGCCCCGACUAUCUUGGUUCCUUGGAAGAGUUUAAAAAUCGUUACGUGGCCCCUAUUACGAACGGUCAAUGCAUUGACAGCUCUGAAGCCGACCUGCGGCUGGCUCGGCACCGAGCAUUCGUUUUGACGCGGGAGCUGAAGGCUUUCGUGCUGCGUCGAGACCAACAGUACCUUUUUAAGCAGUUGCCGCCUAAGAAAGAGUAUGUGCUAAUGUGCAAACUGACUGACGCCCAAGCACAGUUAUAUCGAGAGUUUUUGAAACAGGGUGUUCCGACUCGUGGCGACUCCGAGCAGGUGGACGUUCUCGGUGGCUACCAUAUUGCACUAGCUAUUUCGAACCACCCCGACGUCAUAUGUGAAACGUACAAGAAGCUUGAGAAAGAGGAGCAUAACGGAGCUUGUCGGAAAUCAAAACGUCAUGGCGUCUUGGACAUUUUUGGGAUUGAAGAUGGCGGAAACGAUUUUGAUCCAUACAAUAGUGGCCCGAGUCACGUUGCUACCAGGUCCAGUACAUCUGAAACUUUUUUACUAGCGAAGUCGCACGGUCUGCGCGACAUCGACGCCGACAUUAAUGCCAAUGAAGUUGAAGACGGUGAGUCCGCGCUUCCUAUUACGGUAAAGUUGGGUAGCACGGCUGUGCCAAAGCCCAAGCGGACACCUGCUGCGAGAUGUCAUCGUUUGAAAUUUGCUCGGCAUUUUAUGGAAGAUUAUGUCCCGAAUCAGCUUGAAUCGAGCGGCAAGAUGAUGAUUCUCAUGGAACUUUUGUCAGUGUGUCAGAGCGUCGGCGACCGCGUGAUCAUAUUCUCGCAGAGUAUUCCUACACUGGAUUCUAUUGGAGCAGCAAUUUCUAAGCACAACAGGCAUCAACGCCGCCACGCAAAACGCUUUAGUUUUUUGCGUAUUGACGGAAGUACGACCCAGUCAGACAGAUUUCGUCAGAUCGCUCAGUUUAAUGAUCCUGAAGAGGACGUCGACCUAAUAAUGAUCUCGACAAAAGCAGGCGGGGAAGGGAUCAACCUUUGCGCUGGAAACCGGAUCAUAAUAUUUGACGUGUGCUGGAACCCAUGUAACGACUCUCAGUCUAUGUGCCGGUCGUACCGUUUUGGCCAAACUAAGCCCGUAUUCGUGUACCGUUUUGUGACGAUGGGAACGAUGGAAAAGAAGGUAUAUGACUUGCAAAUUCGCAAAGAAGGCGUAGCGAAGCGUAUUGUGGACGAAAAGGCGACCGAGAGAAAGUUUAUGUCGUCUGAACUACAGAAGUACUUUAACAUUAAGGAAUUUGAGGAUUCUUUGUUGUACGCCCAAGGAAAGGUAGCGGUCGACGAAGAAGUAGCGAUUAAGCCUAUUCCACAUGAAGAUUCUGUGCUUGUGGACGUCUUGGCUAAAAUGGGAGGCAUAGCUACUUCUGGUGCUACAACAGUCCUCAACGAUGGAGAAAGUACCGCUGCAGAAGUGGUAGAUAAUAGGAGAUGUAUCAUCGAUUGGUUUGAGCAAGAAACAAUGUUUGAGGAAGAUUUGGAUCAACAGUGUACGCCCGCCGAGCAGAAAGAAAUUUUGGAGAGCUAUACUUACUUUAAAGCGGUGAAAAGACUUCGCAGUGCAGGAGCACAUCUCAUUAAUCGCGAGGGAUUGCUAGUAAAAAAUUGCGGCUAUUGUCGUGCGUUGAACGAGAUCUUCCCGACGUCGACCACGACCGUUCCGAUUCCUUCGAGAAUAGAGUGCAUAUAUUGCAAGCGUUCCAUGGAAACUGCAGGUGCAGCCCCGCCGGUCCAAAAUGUGACCACUACGUAUCCUGUCAUGAGACAGUUUCCUAGGGUCCCGAUUCUCAUACCAGGGACUACGCUACCUACCACAGCAGCUUUACCAGCAGCCUCGACACGUCCGUUCGCGCUAGCUGCUGGAGCUAAUGUGGGUCGAAUUUUGCCACCUCAUAUGCAAGCAAUAUUUGAACAGCAAAAGAGAGACGACAAGGCGACUGAGGAAAAACGGACCCAGCUGAUUGCCCAACAAAAGGUUGAGCAGCAACGAUUGCAGUUUGAGCGCAAACAAGCUGAGAUGGCAGCAGCAGUACGAAAGCAGGAGCGAUUAGCCAUGAAGCUAAAAGACCGUCAUCUUCUUAUUCUUCGGCGAGGUAUUAAGGGCUGUCAAGAUCUCAAGCGAAAGGCCGAGGAUUGUGGUGCCACUUUGGCGAUUGAGGUCAAUUCACAGCUGACGGAUAUUGUUAGUGGGAUGAGCCGAGAAGAGACGCUUAAGUGGCUGAAGCUGAGCAAGCUCGCAGGCGACGUGGAACUCCAUGACGACACGUGGCUACGGAAUGAAAUUGCAAAAGAGAAAGGUUUGCCAUUGAUUUCCGACGAACCGUACAUGGACGCAACCUCGGAGUCCCGACCUGCCGCCGCAGCUGUUACUGCUGUUCAUGCUAAGGCUCCCAUUGCCAGUACUCCUACUCCUACGUUCACAACAACAAACAACGAAAGUCCACAGACCACAGCGGACAGCAGCAGUGAUUGCAUCGAGCUUAUGGAAUCUGACGGUGAAGUCAACUCCAAGGCAAAGACGAAUGUUAGCGAUGGCGCAGCAGCAAAUGCCGAUGAUACAGAGACCACCGCCCCUGUAGCUGACGUAAUCGAGAUCUUGUAG